AUGCCACCGGAGCCUAUCCAGGAGACGCGCCGCUCCAUCUCCUUCAUCUACAACACUGGAUCUGCGUCGGGGAGCUCCUACAGCACCAUCAUCGCCCUGUUCCCCACCGCCUCGGCCGUCGUCGAACUGCGGCGGACACCACCGCUCCGGCGCCAUCCCCGGCCUCCUGAGACCUCCCUGGAGCCCGCUGGUUUCUUCCGCGCCGCGCCCUUCCGCCCCCGCGCCCCCAUCCCUUCGCUGCCGCCGCCGUCCAUCCACUCUGCGGUGCCCGUCCUCGAUCUGCGGUCUCCAAAUCCGGACGAGAUCGGCAGGAUCCACCCCAUCUCCCGUCAAACCCAGCCGCAGCUGCUCGUCGGCCAUGCGGGGAGCACGAACGAGCUGCUCAUCGAUGUCCAUCCCGCAGCCCCGCCUACGACGGUGCCCAGCCUCCUCGAUAGCGCGCCUCCUACUUGCCGCACGAUAGGGCUUUCUUCUAUUUUGGCAAGGGUCAAGCUAGCAACUGUGAAGAUGCAGAAUUCAUGCAACUCCAUCUUACUCCAACUCUCAGGUUUGUCUUUUUCCAUCCUUAAUCACAUGUAUUUUUUCGAAAUUGAUUAAUCACAUGUAUUUUUUCGAAAUUGAUUAAUCACAUGUAUGUGUUUCUACCAUCUUGAUCAUGCAUGAAUAGCAUUACUAGACGGAAGAUGUUUGAAGUGCAAACUAAUAUAAUGUUUAGGUUCAGAUUUGGUGAGAAAGUGAGAACAUGAAUACAUCAGAGAUCAGACUCUAUGCUCUGUAGCCAACCAUUUUUUUCAUGUAAGUUUGUUAAGAAAAGAGAAACCAUAACAUGCAAUGCGUACCAGCCAGCUGCUAAUAAGCACCUUCCCGAGAUCCUGUGAAUGUUUACUCUCAGCACACGGUUGCACUG